UCUCUCUUCAGGGCGCGCUGACAGCGGUUAUCUCAAGCUCGUCUUCACAGGACGGGGGGAGUCACGGAGGCGUGGAGAGAGACGUGAACACACAUUGAAAGCGUCGGUGUGUGACCACGUUGAUGUCACUUUGUCAUCCUCUCGUCUUGGGCAGCACAGCCGUGUUCUGACGAGACGGACCGUAUAGGGAUUAGAAGACGAAUCACCGUCUCGGAACAUGUCGAGGAGAAAGCAGAGCAACCCAAGGCAGUUUAAACGCCUGCUACAGACAGGUGUGGGGGGGCUCAGUUCUGAGGGGGGUGUCGACGAGGGAACAGACCCCUCCUUACUGGAGCAGCUCUCUGCUGAUGUCAUCAGCGGUAGAUCAGACAGACCGUCAUCAUCCUCCUCCUCCUCCUCUUCAUCAUCUCUCUCAUCGCCUUCAUCGGUUGUACUGACACAGACGAGGAUCAGGUGAGGAAGAGGCCGGGCCAGCAGAGUCCCAAACCAGGAAGUCCCUUCCCAGCCCACCAAUAGAGCGACAGGAGGAGUGGGAUGGCCCAGAAGAGUUGGAGAUCAUCCAGGAAGGGGCGGGGCGUCGGGCGUGUUCCCGACAAGCACUUCCUGUCGGUACCACCUGGGGUCCUUAUGAAGGAAAGGUGGAGACUACCUCAACUGGAAGUGACACGAGCUCCUUGCCGGCUGUCUCCGCGGUGAUCAGCGGGGGGCCGCGGUGGCUACAGGAUGCCACGUCCCUGACAACGGAGGAAGUGAAGACCAACUGUGUUGUCUAUAGUAAAGAUGGUCAGAUAUGGAUCAUCACCACCAGGGAGAUCCCUCAAGGGGAGGAACUAAAACCCUACGCUAUGGAUUUGAACCCUUGGCACCAACCGGCCAAACACAGCUCUCCAUCGGAGGCCAUGUGGCCUGUCCACCAAUCAUAUGCCUCGGAGGGGUUGUAUCCAGCAGCCAGACUGCUGGAGUCCAUGCAGCUCCUCCCACAACAGGCUAGCAUGGCAGCGAUGCUACCCCACGCCAUUGUCAAUAAGGACAUCUUUCCCUGCAAGGCGUGUGGUAUCUGGUUCCGUAGCGAACGGAACCACCAGGCCCACCUCCUGUUUUACUGCAGUGGACGCCAGAACCCCGAUCAGAACCAGACCCCAGAACCCUUCAGCACGCUCCCGCAUCACAUGACCCUCCCCUACCCACAAGGCCUUGGGGUGGGGCAGGGCCAGCAGGCGGUAGAGAUGCUGCUGAACAUACACGACGGUGUGAAGAGGGAGGGGCCUGCAGGGUCAGGCGGGUGGGGCCUGAGGUGCACGGUGUGUGAACACGCAGCGGACAGCCCCGCCUCCCUGCAGCAUCACAUCCUGUCUCACCUGUCCUCGUCCGGUCACCUGUGUCCCCUCUGUCAUCUGAGCUUCCAGACUGCAGGCGACCUGGACACGCAUGCGCGAACGCACACACACCGUCCCGGGACGCGCGCACACCCCGCCGACAGACACUGCGCAGGGGCAGGGAGCCCCCAGCAGGCUAGCAAGUGUGAGACGGGGGGAGGGAAGGAGGCAGAGACGGAGAAAGGGAUGGGGAAAGAGGGUUUCCAGCGCGUUCAAACCAGACGUCCCGGCAAGCCGGAGAAACUCCAGCAGGUGCACGCUCUUCUGAAGCAGGAGAGACCAGACUUCACCCCCUCCCCCGCCUCCAGGCCCCCCAGCUGCACCUCCACCCCGACCCCCCUCUCCCAGGUCCAGCUGCCCAGGCCCCGCUCCACCCCUCCAGGCCCCAGAUCCAGCCGGGCACACCCCCAGAUCAAAUCUGAGCCCUCCAGCCCUCGGCCCACCUCCUCCCCCAUACACCCUUCCCUCCGCCCGGCCUUCCCACUCCCCCACUUCCUCCCUCACUUCCCCUUUCUGCAGGAUAUGACAUCACCAACCGGGCCGCAGGCUUCGGAGAUACUGGCCAAGAUGUCGGAGCUGGUGCAUCACAGGUUGAGGCAGGGGGCAGGAGGCGGGCCAGGGGGCAACAACAACUACCCCUCCCUGCUCUACAGCCCCGGCCACGGCCCCGUCCUCUCUAAAGGAACAACGUGUUUCCAGUGUAGCAUCUCCUUCUCCAGCCUGGAGAACUAUCUGGUCCACAAGAAGCACUACUGCCAGGGUCGAUGGACCCCCUCCAGGCCCCGAGACUGCCCAGCCCUCCUGGACAAGCUGCCCGCCCCAGGGAGCCCCGAGGCUGGGUCCAGGGCCGGCAUGGCCAGCCUGGGUGUGGGAGGUGCCCCCUCGGACCCCACCAGCUCCCUCCUGACCCCCCCUGGCCUGGCUGUGGCCGGGCUGGACCUCUUGAGUACUGACAGGAAGUGGGAAGGGAAGACCACGCCCCCCCGGACUCCCCCAGAUCUGGAUGAGAAGCCCUGCGUCCAGGGAGAGAUGGAGGGUGCGGAGGGGGAGGGCGACCUCCCAGGGAAGACCACCUGCCAGGCAUGUAAGAUCACCUUCAGCCGGACGGAGAACUUCCUGGUCCACAAGCGCUACUACUGCGCCACUCGCCACGACCCCCCUGCCCGACGCAACCACGGAAACAAGAUGGCCGCCUCUGCCGCCCAGCGCACCGUCCGCACGCGCCGACGCAGGAAGAACUUUGAUGCGUCCCACCUGGCCAAUCAGGAGCUUCGAUUGCCUUUGACCCACCCACGCUUCCUGGGGAUCGGGCCAAUCGGAGGUGCCGGAAUGUACCAGGGGGCGGGGGAUGUCUUUGGUACCCAUGGCAACCAGUUCCCCCACCCUAGAUACGGCUUGUUUCUAGGGGUGGAGCCUAAACACCCAGAGGCCAGCCUCCCCACGCCUAGGUCCGCCCUCUCGUCCAGAUGCAACAGCCUGGUCCAAUCAGAGCUGGCCACGCCCCCCACAGAUACGCCCAUGGACCUGAGCAGGAAGCAGGCGUGGCGGCCGGGCGCGGGCAAAGUGGCGUCUGCCCAGAUACCCAGAAUGCACCACGGGAGGGACUACCACGAGUGUGUUCCAUGUCAGGUGAACUUCGACAGGGUGGAAGAUUACCUCCAGCACAAACACAGCUCCUGCCCCGCCCAGGGCAAGAGAGGGAGGGCUGGACCCGCUUCUGAGUCCCCCGGGUCGGGUCCAGGGUCGGGGUCGGAGGAAGCCGAGAACCAUGGAGGAAGAGGAGGUCUGACCUUGAAAAGUAGACACGCCCCUGUACAGCCGACUUGCAGUCCUCCCCCAUCUAAGAAGCCCCGCUCCGAAGGGGAGCCCCCUUGACAACGACCCCGGCAACGCCCCCCCCAGCCUUCUACAUCUUGCCCCCCUGCACCCAGAGCUCUGCGACGGUGGUGAGGCAGAGGGAGGAGGAGGCGGUGAGGCAGAGCCCUACGGAGGCCUGCGAGGGUCAGGAGGACCAGCCCGUACCUGAGGACGCCUGCCAGGAAACGCCGGGCUCGCUGACACAGAAUGGCCGCCGCACAGACUCGCCUCAGAGCCAAAAUGGCUGCCGCUCGGACGGUUUGGUGACUGUGGGAACGGAGGGUGACGCAGGUGUGAACUCUGACCUCUCCAGGAGUCAGGGGUCAGGCAGUGCAGCCCCCUCCUCCCCCUCCUCCCCUGGCUCCCCCUCCCAGUCCGUGCUGUGUGUGAGGAGAGGUGUGACCGGAGGGGGCGUGAAGUACUGCCGUCCGUGCGACAUCCAGUUCAACAACCUGUCCAACUUCAUCACUCACAAGAAGUUCUACUGCUCCUCUCACGCGCACACGCAGCACGUAAAGUAAGGUGGGCUCCU